GGGGCCCGCGGGGAGCGAGCGGCCCCGCUCCGGAGCCGUCGGGCGGCGGCCAGCGCCAUGCCGGGCCGCUGCGCAGAUGCUUCACCAGUGAAUGAGAACUUCUUGCUAUGGAUUUGAGGUGAAGAACUUCACUAUGGGUCAAAUUUCAAGCCAGACACAAACUGUAAUGAACAAGUUGCCAGAAAAAGUAGCAAAGCAUGUCUCUUUGGUUCAAGAAAGUGGUUUCCUAACAUAUGAAGAAUUUCUGGGAAGAGUAGCUGAACUUAAUGAUGUUAUUGCAAAAUUGGCUUCUGGACAAGACAAACAUCUGUUGUUUGAAGUGCAGCCUGGUUCUGAUUCUUCUGCGUUCUGGAAGGUGGUUGUUCGGAUAAUCUGUACUAAAGUAAAUAAAGCAAGUGGUAUCGUGGAAGCUUCAAGAAUCAUGAACUUAUAUCAGUUUGUUCAGCUUUAUAAAGAUAUUACCAGUCAAGCAGCAGGAGUUCUUGCACAGGGCAGUACUUCUGAAGAAACUGCAGAGAGUUUGAUGUCUGUGUCAUCGUGCCAGGCCAGCUUAUGGAUGGGAAGGGUUAAACAACUGACAGAUGAAGACGAAUGUUGCAUCUGCAUGGAUGGACGUGCUGAUUUGAUCUUGCCGUGUGCUCACAGUUUCUGCCAGAAAUGCAUUGACAAAUGGAGCGAUCGUCACAGGAGCUGUCCUGUCUGUCGUCGCCAAGUGACUGGGGCAAGCGAUUCUUGGGUGGUUUCAGAUGCACCUACAGAAGAUGAUAUCGCUACUUACAUCCUUAACAUGGUAGAUGAGGCAGGCCAGCCUCACAGACCCUGACACUGGCCAAUAAGCUGACAGUAGUAGAAGCACUUGAAGCUUUUUUCAUGAACAUCUGGUUUUACCUCUUGUUGCCGUUCUUCCAGUCUUUUACUUCUCUUCUUGGCUGCUGUGAACCUACGUUGCUCUUUUAAAACACAGCAUAUAUGAGCCAGUGUAUGUGUUUGCAGUCUUAAUUAUUAAUCUGUACUUUCAGUGAACUCUUUAAUCAUUAACAACGGUUAUUUUAACAGUAACUUUUGAUAUUAACAAUUUGACUACUAGAUGAAGCUGUUUGUAACACAGCUACAACUGCUAACUGCUGUUUGAACAUCACAGUGUACUGUUACUGAAGAUGCACCGUGUUAGAUGGAUUGACCUCACAGUUCUUUUUCUUAAAAACAGUCCCUUUUAGAUUCAUGACAAAUACGAAUAAAGAUGAGUUAGGACUAGUGA